GUGCGGGCGGCGCUGAGAGCGAAAGUUGCGCUCGGCUCGGCGCGGGGGGCUUGAAGCGGCUCCGCGCUCCGCCCGCCAGGGCCGCCCCCGGCCCUAACUCGCGUCCGCGGGCUUCCGCCCCGCCCGCGCCCCCUCCUCCCGGCCUGCGCCCCCUCCUCAGGAGCCGCUGCUCCCCGCCACUUUCGCCAGGACCCGGCCCCCGCCGAUGCCGGCCAUGGUGGAGAAGGGCCCCGAGGUCUCAGGGAAGCGGAGAGGGAGGAACAACGCGGCCGCCUCGGCCGCUGCCGCCUCGGCCGCCUCAGCCUCAGCCGCCGCUGCCUCGGCCGCCUCAGCCACCCCAGCCUCGGCCGCCGCCGCCGCCACCUCGGCCGCCCCCAAUAAUGGCCAGAAUAAAAGUUUGGCGGCUGCGGCGCCCAAUGGCAACAGCAGCAGCAACUCCUGGGAGGAAGGCAGCUCGGGCUCGUCGAGCGACGAGGAGCACGGUGGCGGCGGCAUGAGGGUCGGCCCCCAGUACCAGGCGGCGGUGCCUGACUUCGACCCCGCUAAACUGGCAAGACGCAGUCAAGAAAGAGAAAAUCUUGGCAUGCUGGUCUGGUCACCUAAUCAGAAUCUCUCAGAGGCAAAACUGGACGAAUACAUUGCCAUUGCUAAAGAGAAGCAUGGGUACAACAUGGAGCAGGCUCUUGGGAUGCUAUUUUGGCAUAAGCAUAAUAUUGAAAAAUCAUUGGCUGAUUUGCCCAACUUUACCCCCUUCCCAGAUGAGUGGACUGUGGAAGAUAAAGUCUUGUUUGAACAAGCCUUUAGUUUUCAUGGGAAGACUUUUCAUAGAAUCCAACAAAUGCUUCCUGAUAAAUCUAUUGCAAGUCUGGUGAAAUUUUACUACUCCUGGAAGAAGACGAGGACUAAAACCAGCGUGAUGGAUCGCCAUGCUCGGAAACAAAAACGGGAGCGAGAGGAAAGUGAGGAUGAACUGGAAGAAACAAACGGAAAUAACCCCAUUGACAUUGAGGUUGAUCAAAACAAGGAAAGCAAAAAGGAGGUACCGCCAACUGAGACAGUUCCUCAGGUCAAAAAAGAAAAACAUAGCACACAAGCUAAAAAUAGAGCAAAAAGGAAACCUCCGAAAGGAAUGUUUCUUUCUCAGGAAGAUGUGGAGGCUGUUUCUGCUAAUGCCACUGCUGCAACCACGGUGCUGAGACAACUAGAUAUGGAAUUGGUUUCAAUCAAACGACAGAUUCAGAAUAUUAAACAGACGAACAGUGCGCUUAAAGAGAAACUUGAUGGUGGAAUAGAACCGUAUCGACUUCCGGAGGUCGUUCAGAAAUUUAAUGCACGUUGGACCACAGAAGAGCAACUUCUCGCCGUACAAGCCAUCAGGAAAUAUGGCCGAGAUUUUCAGGCAAUCUCAGAUGUGAUUGGGAACAAAUCAGUGGUACAAGUGAAAAACUUUUUUGUAAAUUAUCGACGCCGCUUCAACAUAGAUGAAGUUUUACAAGAAUGGGAGGCAGAACAUGGCAAAGAAGAGACCAAUGGCCCAAGUAACCAGAAACCUGUAAAGUCCCCGGAUAAUUCUAUUAAGAUGCCUGAAGAGGAAGACGAGGCUGCUUCUGUUCUCGACGUUAGAUAUGCAUCUGCCUCCUGAGACCCUCUGGUAGCUUUGAACACUUGGGGUAGACUACUGCAUUAUCAGGAUAUCAGGUAUUACUGGACAUCACCUAGCCAUCUGCAUCACAUCUCUGUGGACAAGCAGCUAUUACCAAAAAAGGCAUAUACUUCAGUCCUGUGCUACACCUGCCUUAAUUCUUUGCUCGUUCCUCCAUGUUGGCACCACUUCCCAGAGAGCUCCACGUGUCUCUCACAUUCUGCCUCAGUGCUGGGAAGGCCUCCUGUGACUUGGGGUGCACCUCCUCAGCUGGACCCCCGAGCUCCACUGACGGCAGCUUUUCCCAGUCAGCAGCUUCGGAACAGGUCGUCAACCCGGAAGGCACGACUCUGUUCCUGCAUGGCCUGCGAUUUCUACUUUGUGCGUAGUGUAAUUUUCAGAGUAACUGUGACCCUGUUGGCCUUCUCGAAAGUAUCUCAUGUUCUUUUCUGAGGCAGCCACCUGCGUGAUAUCGUGCUUCUUUGGAAAUCACAAUACAUUGGCAGACUGCAUUGUAACCUUUAUCGUGCCAAGCAUCCUGAUACAACUCAUGUUUCCCUAAACUUUGGAUAGAAUUAUGGUUUAUAAAUUUAGUUGGCUUAAAUCUCUCCCUUCUCCCUUCCCAAGUGGUAGAAAAGUCGGUCACAGUAUCUGUCUUUGGACACUGUAGCUAAAGGGAAUGUGAACCUCAAAGCUUUCUACCUUCCUCUUUCAACAUUGUAAUCCCAGGAUGGGCGCCACUUCAUCUUUCCUGAUCCCACCCCACCCCCACC